AUGGUUCGGCUCUGCGCGGGUUGGUUCAUCUCAUCUUGUGAUUUACCUCUAUUCGAAAACCGGGGUAUUAUGCACUUGUUCUCCAUUUCCCGACAUCAGUUGGACUCUAAGCGAAUUAUUGUUCGUUUAUACACCUCCGCAAUAGAAAUGUCCAACCUCAGACUUCCGGCAUUUUAUUACAAAAAGACCAGCAAUGAAACGAAAAAGUUCUGUCAAAAGUGCCUCCAAGAUGGGCACUGGACUUAUGAAUGCAAAGGCAAGCAUAAGUACCUGGAACGGGAAUCGAGAACUGCCCAUCUCUCUCGACGCAUGGCGAAGAUUUCGAAAAAAGAAUUGGAGAGAACUGCAUCGGAUUCCUCCCCGCACUCUUCAUCUACGUCCUCCUCAUCCUCAGACAGCGAGGAUUCAUCAGACUCCUCUUCGUCUUCAUCCUAUACUAGCCCUUCGUCCGACGAGUCUGAGAAGUCCUCAUCCAGCUCUGCAAGCUCUUCAGGACUGCUCCACCUGAGUAACGGCAUCGAGGAGAGGCGUGUGAUUUGCCCUGAUGCGCUAUUCUCGCCUUCUAAGGGCAGGGGGCUACUUUACGGAUUGCGCCAAGGGAAGAAGGCGUAA